UUAGUCAGUGCGUCUUCUUUCUUCCAUCCACCCACCAUCCUCUUGGAGGUCGCUUUAAUUUUGCGCAAUUAUCAAAACCCCUAAAUUUCCAAUUUCCCCCAAAUUUUCUCCCCUAUAAUUUCUCCGCAAAAUCUCAAACCCUCUUUUUAUUGUUUUCCCUGUCUUUGUAGAUGCAGAAUUGUGAGUUUCUGAUUUGGGUUUUCUAGAUUUUUCCCGGGUAUCUCUUUCCCCCAAAUUUCAAGGUUGGGGAAUUCAGUAUUCCACUUAUCUGAAAUCCUAAGGAGAGAGGGUACUAGUUCGCGGAGGAAGAAACUUCUGCGGACUGAGCGUCCUCUCUUAUUUUCUGCUUGUCAGUUCCGUUCCUUAACUGCUGUAUGAGAGCUCAUGUAGGCAUCAGUUUUGAUAAAUGUGAAUGAAGUUGUGGGGGUUUUAGCGCUACAACUUUUGGUGUAUGAGUGAGACGUUGGCUGCAAUUAUGGGUGCUAUAUGUUCUUGCCUGCGCAUGGAGGAUAUCGAAGACUACGUGAACAGAAACAGUUCUGUUUACAGGAACUGCAUAUGUCUCAGUUGUUUCCUUCAAAAUUUCUUUCAUAUGUAUUCUUCAUUAUUUCGAAGGGGGGAAGUCCAAUCCUUACCUUCAUCGGUCCAAGGGGCAUCUUUGACUUCUGUGGUGUCAACAGACUCCCUUGCUGAUAUGUACCGCUCUCCUCCAAGGCCCUUGCCUUAUGAUGCAGAUCCUAGAUUUUAUCGCAUGCAGCGGGAUGGAUUGUUUUCAAGACGUGAAAAGGGGUCCAGUCAUUCACAUGAUGAAUCAGAACCUCUGAGGAGAAGUGAUAUUGAUUCUGAUUCUGACCCUUUAAGUACAGGAGGAGACAAGUGGAAUGAAGCAAGUUGUGAAGAUGGCACAAAAGAGAGUCGUAAAUCUUCUGUGAAGCUUUCAUCAGCUAAAUCAACACAAGUAAUGGGAUACUUUUAUUCUUCUUCCGAGGAUGAAGAUGUUUGUCCAACUUGUCUUGAAGAAUACACCGAAGAGAAUCCAAAAAUAGUGACUAAGUGCUCCCAUCAUUUUCACCUGGGUUGUAUUUAUGAAUGGAUGGAGCGAAGUGAGAACUGCCCAGUUUGUGGCAAGGUGAUGGCGUUUGACGAGUCCCCUUGACUUUGGUCUGCCUCAUGCAAGGAGCAGUUGAAGGCAGAAGGGGGAUAAUUAUAGAGGAAGCCAAAAACUGUAUAGUCGUUGUGAAUAUUGCAGGGUUGAGGUGUUAUAUCACCCAUCAAGUAAGUACAUAAAAAAAAGAAAAGUGUUCUGCAUAGUCGUAACCACAGGUACAUUAUAACGUAGCAUCUUGCCUUUCUUCUUUUGGCUUGCUUGUUAACUCAUUUCUGGAUAUAUUUCUAUAUUUCAUAGAGAAAUGGAAAAUUACGGUUGGGUUCUGUCUAUGAACCAACAAUUUGGCUAGUUGCUUGUAAAAUUUCCACUUUUGGGUUAUGUAUUGUCCGGAACACGAGUCAAUGGCUUUGAGCCACUGCAGUUGAUAUACAUAAAAGGUUAAAACCA